AUGUCUUCUCCCAGCUCCAACCCUCGCAUAGUCACCACGACGCACGACGCAGCAGGAGCCGCCAUUUUUGGUUCCGACAGUGAAGUCCCCUUAUUCCACCCCAUGGGGCCGGCUGGUUCGUCCUUUGCCGUAUUUGACGUGCGCAACGCGGUGCCCGUCAACAACACGGAGCCUGCACAAAACUACCCAAACAUGAUCCCACGCUGCCCGCCCAGCGGCGCCAUUUUUUGCAUCAGCAACAUCGCACCUCACUUCACCGUACCGAUGCACCGGACGUUGAGUCUGGACUAUGGCGUCGUGAUUAGCGGCGAGAUCGUCAUGAAGCUCGAGAGCGGAGAGGAGAGAACUGUCAAAGCGGGAGAGUUCCUCAUCCAAGGGGGCGUGAGUCACCAAUGGAUUAACAGGACGGACGAGAUAUGCCGGAUUUGCUUUGUGACGCUAAGUGCAGAGAAGGUCAAGUUGGCGGAUGGGACAGAGCUGGAUGAGGUUGCCGUCAAGAGAUGA